AUGAGUUCAGAGUUAGUUCUCCAGCAAACCGAAUCAAAACCCAAAGAAGUUGCCCGUCGUGGAGGCAGAGGCUGGAGGUCCAGACAUCCAAAUCCAGCAUGGACUUCAGAGUGGGAGCCUGUCUCAUUCCUUGCCCGCUUACUUAACAAAGGAUUAGAGAGCUUGGUGAUAACCUGUGUCAAUGCCAUCAGCAGUGGGAGUCAGCUCUGCAUGGAGAAUGCUGUCCUGGCUUUGUCCCAGACAGAGAAUGCAGCUGCAGUGCAAAAGGCCAUUGCUCACUAUGUCCAGCAGAUGAGCCAGAAAUUGCAGCUGCCAGAGACUCUCCAGGAGCUGACUGAUGUGCACAGGGCCAGUGAGAAAGAAGCCAUUCAAAUUUUCAUGCAAAAUUCCUUCAAAGACAUCAAUCAAGUGUUCCUAACACAACUAGAGACCAGUUUAGAAAAAAAGCUAGAGGAAUUCCUUAAGAAGAAUGUGCAAGAAUCCUCAGAUCACUGCUUAGCACUGCUUAAAGAUAUUUUCAGCCCACUAGAAGAUGAUAUGAAACAGGGAGUUUAUUCUAAACCAGGGGGAUAUCAUCUUUUUAUGCAGAAGAUACAGGAGUUGAAGAAAAGGUAUUAUGAAGAACCCAAGAAGGGGAUUCAGGCUGAAAAAAUUCUGCAGAUAUAUUUGCAGUCAAAGGAAGAAGUGAGUAAUGUCAUUCUACAGACAGACCAGACACUGACAAAAAUGGAAAAGGAGAUUGAAGUGGAACAUGUGAGAGCUGAAGCCACCAAGGCUGCAGUAAAAAUGCAGGAGGAAAUGCAACAAAAGUAUGAACAGUUACUGCAAGAGAAAGAGAGGAGUCAUGAGAAGGAGUUGAAAGAGUUGACUGUGAAGAUGAAGAAGGAACAGGCUGAGACUAGAAAAUUACAACAGAAUUAUGAACAGUUGCUGCAACAGAAAAAGAAGAGUCACCAGGAGCACAUGAAACAGCUGACUGAGAUGUUGGAGAAGGAACAGGCUGAGAUGAAAGAAAUGCAACAGAAGUCUGCACAGUUGUUGGAAGUAAAAGAGAAGAGUGAAGAGAAGGAGAUGAAAGAUCUGACUGAGAAGAUGGAGAAGGUACAAGCAGAGAUGAAAGAAAUGCAACAGAGGUAUAAACAGUUGCUGCAAGAAAAAGAGAAGAGUCAUGAGAAGGAUUUGAAAGAGCUGACUGAGAAAAUGAUGAAGGAACAGGCCGAGAUGAGAGAAAUGCAACAGAAGAAAGACCAUUUGCUGCAAGAGAAAGAGAAGAGUCACGAGGAGCUCAUGAAACAGCUGACUGAGAAGAUGGAGAAGGAACAGGCCCAGAUGAGAGAAAUGCAACAGAAGUAUGAAGAGUUGCUGCAAGAGAAAGAGACGAGUCAUGAGAAGGAGAUGAAAGAGCUGUUUGAGAAGAUGGAGAAGGAACACGCUGAUACUAGAGAAAUGCAACAGAAGUAUGAGCAGUUGCUGCAAGAGAAAGAGAAGAGUCAUGAGAAGGAGAUGAAGGAUCUGACUGAGAAGAUGGAGAAGGAACAGGCCAAGAUUAGAGAAAUGCAAGAGAAGUAUGAACAGUUGCUGCAACAGAAAGAAAAGAGUCACCAGGAGCACACAAAACAGCUGACUGAGAUGUUGGAGAUGGAACAGGCCAAGAUUAGUGAAAUGCAAGAGAAGUAUGAACAGUUGCUGGAACAGAAAAAGAAGAGUAUUGAGGAGUUCUUGAAAUAUGUUAUUGAGAUGCUGGAAAAGCAUAAGAAAUAUACAGAACUAUGGGAGAUAUAUAAAAGAUUGCAAAAUGAAAGGCAAAACAUAUGCACAUGUGUCAUAAGCUGAAGGCCUAAAGAGUGAUAUCAUUCUGCCAUUCAAAGCAGAGCUGAAUUGGGAAUGGGAGUCACUUCAGUUGAAAUAAUAAACUACAAAUGUGCAAAGAUGUUCAGUGUGAUGAUUGAAAUCAGGUUUGUCUUCAAAUAUGAUUGUGCACCAAGGAUGCCAGUGCUGUCUUCACAUCAAGAGACUCAACAACAACAUUGCUCAAAAGAAAAUACCUUACCCAGAUAAUCUCAAGGAUACAGAUUGACACUUAUCACAUUUUUAAAUAUUGGCACAUAAUUAGGAAUAAUGAUUUCCACAGAUAUGAUGAAUCUGAAGGGCAGGAAUAGUCAGUCUCAUUUCCAACAAUGUAGAGUUCUCCAUUCUAUAAAAACUGUUCAAACAUUCAGCAAGUGCAUGAUUUGUGGACACUGGUAAUGUAUAACUUUAUGAACACAUUUAUAAAUCAAGACAGAUGCAUGGAGAUCAGAGUCCCCAUAUAUAAUAUCCACAGGAAGAUGAAAGAAGGCAUUGGCAGGACAAGGCGCUGAAUCCCAGGUCUAUGGCCUGAAGAAGGGAAUAUUUAAGUUCACGCAUAUUGAAAGUGUAAUGGGACAUUUCCAAACUUGAACAGAUGACACUGGCUACAUAAUAACAUGAUGACAAUUUAGAAUUAUGUAGAUCAGUACCUUUAAAGAUGGAAUUUUAUGAUGGCCAGUGCUCUAUAGACAUCAAAAGUUUUUUUUAAUGAUUUAUCUGUAACCAUAAACUUACAUUAUUCCUUUCCUAUUAUUACCUGCUAUUUUUGAAAUUUUGGUGACUUUUCCCCAAGCAUAAUAAAGAUUAUUUUUCCAUAUUUUUUGACCAGCUCUUAGUACUAUGGACUAUAUAUAAACUUUAUCCCAACUACCAGAACCACAAAGUAAAUGUUUAACAGCUUUUAAAGGGAUUGAGAACUUUUGAUGGGUUUGGUUCAAUGGGCAAAAUACUUGCUGUACCAACAUAUGCAUGUAAAUUCAGAUCACAGUACCCACAAAGCAAACUUGACAUUGUAGUACACACCUGUAAGCCUAGCACUGAAGUUGGGGAAGGGUAGAUAGGAAGAUCCUUGGGGUCUACUAGCCAGUCAGCCUAGUCAACAGACGGGCCAUGGGUUGACUGAGUGACCCUGUUUCAAAAGUAAUACAGAGAACAAUUGAGAACACAGUCAUGUUGUUUACUGGAAGUAGAUGUGACCAGAAAUAAUUAUAUUAUACAUAUUAAAAGUCUCAGAAAACAAAUGCAUGUUUUCUUUGAUAUACACAUCCUGCCUUUUUAUA